AAAAACCCUUAAAAACCUCAGAAAAUGGAAACGUGAGGGAAACACAAAAGAAACGAGAAAACUCACAAAAUACACUUCGCAGAAGUCGCUGUCAGAUCUGAAACUCGCUAGACUCCACCGUAUAUAAUAUGUAAAACUGGAAACAGAAAGAAUUCCUACAAGAAGAACCCACCGUUGAAGCUUGAAGCAGAGCUUCAAACGAAUUCAUUAUACUUUCCCCACUGCACCUCCUCUAUGGAGGACGCCUACGCAAGAUCCGCCUCGGAGGUUCUUGAGUUCUUUGGAGUGGACCCAAGUAAGGGGCUAACUGAUGUUCAGGUUGCUGAGCAUGCAAGACUGUAUGGUCGAAAUGUGCUGCCUCAAGAGCAAAGUACCCCCUUUUGGAAAUUAGUGUUGAAACAGUUUGAUGAUUUGCUGGUUAAGAUAUUAAUUGCAUCUGCUGUUGUAUCCUUCCUUUUGGCACUGGUUGAUGGAGAGACAGGUUUAUCAGCCUUUGUGGAGCCUUCUGUGAUUUUGAUGAUACUUGCUGCUAAUGCUGCUGUUGGAGUAAUUACAGAAACUAAUGCUGAAAAGGCUCUGGAGGAAUUGCGUGCUUACCAAGCCGAUGUUGCCACUGUCCUGCGAAAUGGUUGCUUUUCGAUAUUACCUGCGACAGACAUAGUCCCUGGGGAUAUUGUGGAAGUUUGUGUUGGAUGCAAAAUUCCUGCGGACAUGAGAAUGGUAGAGAUGCUGAGUGAUCAUUUACGGGUUGAUCAAGCGAUUCUUACAGGUGAGAGCUGUUCUGUGGAAAAAGAGCUUGGUUCUACCAUUGCUACUAAUGCAGUAUACCAGGAUAAGACGAAUAUCCUUUUUUCGGGAACAGUUGUGGUUUCAGGCCGUGCAAGAGCUGUUGUUGUUGGUGUCGGCUCUAACACUGCAAUGGGAAGCAUUCGUGACUCUAUGUUGAGAACUGAGGAUGAAGUGACACCGUUAAAGAAGAAACUUGAUGAGUUUGGAACAUUCCUGGCCAAGGUUAUUGCCGGUAUCUGUGUUCUGGUAUGGAUUGUGAACAUUGGUCAUUUUCGGGAUCCUGCACAUGGGGGCUUUUUGAGAGGUGCAAUACACUAUUUUAAGAUUGCUGUUGCCCUUGCUGUUGCUGCUAUUCCUGAAGGUCUUCCUGCUGUUGUCACUACGUGUCUAGCUCUUGGAACUAAGCGAAUGGCUCGUUUAAAUGCUAUUGUGAGAUCCUUGCCAUCUGUAGAGACUUUGGGCUGCACAACUGUGAUAUGCAGUGAUAAAACUGGUACUCUGACUACUAAUAUGAUGUCUGUCUCAAAGAUAUGUGUACUUCAUUCAGUAAAUCAUGGUCCUGUUUCAGCCCAGUAUAGUGUCAGUGGCACUACAUAUGCUCCAGAAGGUUUUGUUUUUGAUAACACAGGUAUCCAGCUUGAGAUUCCCGCCCAGUACCCUUGUCUUCUCCACAUAGCGAUGUGCUCAGCUCUUUGUAACGAAUCUGUUAUACAGUAUAACCCUGAAAAGAGGAAUUAUGAAAAAAUCGGUGAGUCAACUGAAGUUGCUCUGAGAGUAUUGGCUGAAAAGAUUGGUCUUCCUGGGUUUGAUUCUAUGCCUUCUGCUUUAAAUAUGCUGAGCAAGCAUGAACGGGCGUCCUAUUGUAAUCAUUACUGGGAGAACCAAUUUAAAAAGAUAUCAAUAUUGGAAUUUUCUCGUGAUCGCAAAAUGAUGAGUGUGCUCUGUAGCCGGAAGCAGAUGGAGAUAAUGUUUUCAAAAGGUGCUCCUGAGAGUAUACUUUCUCGUUGUACAACAAUCCUCUGCAAUGAUGAUGGUUCCACUGUUCCUCUAACUGCUGCUAUCAGAGCUGAGUUGGAAUCAAGAUUUCACAGUUUGGCAGGAAAAGAAACGUUGAGGUGCUUGGCUCUAGCCUUGAAAAGGAUGCCUAUGGGUCAACAAGCUCUCUCCUAUGAUGAUGAAAAGGAUCUCACAUUUAUUGGGUUGGUCGGAAUGCUUGAUCCACCAAGGGAAGAAGUAAAAAAUGCUAUACAAUCAUGUAUGACUGCUGGCAUACGUGUUAUUGUUGUUACAGGAGAUAAUAAGACCACUGCAGAAUCAUUGUGCAAAAAGAUUGGGACUUUUGAUCAUUUGGAAGAUUCUGCGGGGUACUCUUACACCGCUUCGGAGUUUGAAGAGCUCCCAGCUGUUCAGAAAACCGUGGCAUUGCAACAAAUGGCUCUUUUCACUCGGGUUGAACCAUCUCACAAGAGGAUGCUAGUUGAAGCUUUACAACACCAAAAUGAAGUGGUGGCCAUGACUGGUGAUGGAGUCAAUGAUGCGCCUGCGUUGAAGAAAGCGGACAUUGGAAUUGCCAUGGGAUCGGGAACAGCAGUCGCCAAGAGUGCAUCAGACAUGGUUCUGGCAGAUGAUAAUUUUGCAACAAUCAUUGCUGCUGUUGCCGAGGGAAGAGCCAUUUAUAAUAAUACAAAGCAGUUUAUCAGAUACAUGAUAUCCUCAAAUAUUGGCGAAGUUGUUUGUAUUUUUGUGGCAGCAGUACUCGGUAUACCUGAAACACUUAUGCCUGUCCAGCUGCUCUGGGUAAAUUUGGUUACAGAUGGGCUGCCUGCAACUGCUAUUGGAUUCAACAAGCAGGACUCCGAUGUGAUGAAGGCUAAACCUCGAAAGGUAAAUGAAGCGGUGGUGACAGGAUGGCUGUUCUUCCGUUAUAUGGUUAUUGGAGCAUAUGUUGGGCUUGCCACUAUUGCUGGAUUCAUAUGGUGGUUUAUUUACUCUGACACUGGGCCUAAACUUCCAUACAGUGAAUUGAUGAAUUUUGACAGCUGUUCAACAAGGGAAACUGCUUAUCCGUGCAGCGUUUUCAGUGAUCGGCAUCCCUCAACUGUUUCAAUGACCGUGCUUGUUGUCGUUGAGAUGUUCAAUGCCUUGAACAAUCUAAGUGAAAAUCAGUCCCUCUUUGUUAUCCCUCCAUGGAGUAACUUGUGGCUUGUUGCUUCUAUUGGCCUGACAAUACUGCUUCAUAUGCUUAUAUUGUAUGUUCAACCAUUAGCUGUAAUUUUCUCGGUAACACCAUUAAGCUGGUCAGAAUGGAGGGUUGUAUUGUACCUUUCAUUUCCGGUUAUCAUAAUUGAUGAGAUAUUGAAGUUCUUCUCAAGAAAUUCUUGUGGCUUAAGGUGGUUCCCCUUAAGGUAUCGAAGAGAUCUACUUCCUAAAAGGGAGGAGCGCGACAAGUGAUUAGGAUUAUCAAAAACUAAUUUUACUCUUCUGGUGGAAGCACUAUGAUAUGAUUCUUCUUAUGUGCUUCUCAAAGUGAGUAUGACUCAAGCCACAAUGAUACACACCGUUUCCUUAUCAUAUAUGAGCGAAGAGUUUGUAGUUUUUGUGUACAAGAAUCUCCAUAUUUGUGGAUUUUGUAGUUUCAGCACCAUCACCAUGUACACAGAGAGAGAGAGAGAGGAGCAAUACAUUAUACACAGGAACUUCAACAAUUUAUGAGAGAAGAAGUUGUGGAAACCUAGGGUUCGACAUUGAAUGUGGAAGCGAUAUUUCUGAUUGAUAUAGAAGCCUUCCCCGGGCAUUUUGGGGUCUCACAUGUAAUACUACAACCAUGAUUUUGAACAUUUGUAGUCAACUUUAUACAUCUUUUGCUUAGAAAGUAUAGUAUUUUUUAUUCUUAUUUCUAGGUUCAAAAUUUAAUGUGUAUGUUAAGAAGUUGAUGGUUUUUGUUUUUCUUUCUCUAGCCAGUUUCCUGAAUUUAAGAGAUUUAAAAUUUAAAAUAAAAUGAAAUUCGUAGUUUCGGGAUUUUACAA